UCAUCCAGUCAGAAUUCCACCAGAUUUUAUCCCACCGAGUGAGCAUUUGCGCCACCCGGAGCUUUGGAGGACGCGGUCCCCUUUUAUCUCAAAGCUGUUUGCCGGAGUCCAGUGUCUGCAGGAACCGCCAUAUUGUCAUCCUGGAAGCACAGAGAGGUGAUCAGGAGAACAGCGCCAUCACCUCCACAUUCAGACUAUGUCGGGUCCAGUCACAAGUCGGUCCAGAGUUUACCCCGACGUGAACACACAGCGUCCCCGGGAGUACUGGGACUACGAGUCGCACGUUGUCGAGUGGGGGAAUCAAGACGAUUACCAGCUGGUGCGGAAACUCGGCCGCGGCAAAUACAGCGAGGUGUUCGAGGCCAUAAACAUCACAAACAACGAAAAAGUAGUCGUCAAAAUACUGAAGCCAGUAAAAAAGAAGAAAAUCAAACGAGAAAUUAAGAUUCUAGAGAAUCUUAGAGGCGGCCCUAACAUCAUUACACUUCUAGACAUCGUCAAGGAUCCCGUGUCUCGGACACCAGCCCUUGUUUUUGAACACGUAAACAACACAGACUUCAAGCAAUUGUAUCAAACACUAUCGGACUAUGACAUCAGGUUCUACAUGUACGAAAUCUUAAAGGCCCUGGACUACUGCCACAGUAUGGGAAUCAUGCACAGAGAUGUCAAACCACAUAACGUCAUGAUCGACCAUGAACACCGAAAGCUUCGUCUGAUAGACUGGGGCCUGGCAGAGUUCUACCACCCGAGCCAGGAGUACAAUGUCCGAGUCGCGUCCAGAUACUUCAAGGGACCUGAGCUACUGGUAGACUACCAGAUGUAUGACUACAGUUUAGACAUGUGGAGUUUAGGGUGCAUGCUGGCCAGUAUGAUCUUCAGAAAGGAGCCCUUCUUCCACGGUCACGACAACUACGAUCAGCUUGUACGAAUCGCUAAAGUACUGGGCACGGAAGACCUGUACGACUACAUUGACAAAUACAACAUCGAACUCGACCCACGGUUCAAUGAUAUUUUGGGCAGACACUCUCGUAAGAGGUGGGAGAGGUUCGUUCACAGUGAGAACCAGCACCUGGUCAGCACUGAAGCCCUGGACUUCCUGGACAAGCUGCUGCGCUACGACCACCAAGCCCGCCUGACCGCCCGGGAGGCCAUGGAGCAUCCGUACUUCUAUCCCAUCGUGAAAGACCAAGUGAGGAUGGGCGCUGCGUCGGGGAUGUCCGCCGGCACCCCCCCCGUCAGCUCCUCCAGCAUGAUGGCGGGUAUAACGUCGAUGUCCUCCUCGCAGCCUCUGGGUAACAUCGCCGGAUCACCGGUCAUCUCCUCUCCGAACACCCUGGGCACGCAGGUCCCAGCAGCCACCGGGGCCCAGCCGUGACCGGAGCUCCCCUGUGCACCUCCCCCCUCUUUUUGGUACCACCCAAACUCGAAGCGGGUCUCACGUAGCAUCCAUAAUAACUCGAGUGCUACAUAAUGUGUCAUAACCUUACGACUGUCCUUACAUAACAUGACAUAACAUAACCCUUGUGUGUCGUAGGCAUACAUUAAUGUGACCACUUUAUAGCAACUGGUUUUUCACUGGACGUGACAGUUUUCACUGGUUUCAUAAUGCUCGCCAUUACAUUCUCAUGACUUUCUCUCAGUUGUUAUAAACUGAUCUUAAUGGUUAUGUAUGCUUAUGACACCGGUUAUGGCCUUUAUUUAGAGCUUAUAAAAGUGCUAUGAAGACCCACUUGGAGUGAAGUGUAACCCUCUUUUUCAUGUGCUCAGUCUGAGACAGGACUGUGGCGGCCCUGACGGCCUUUCUUUUUAUGUUGAGUAUAAAAAAAAAAGAAAAGAAUUAGGUUCCUCGUUUUCCGUACAAUAAUUAUAUAUUGACAUUCGGACACACAACAGAGAUUUUACGUUGCACCUGUGUCUGGAUGAAUUGUUAACUGCGUUCUCUCAUGAUGACUGUGUCUAGAAAUGAAACUACAAUGUAGAAAAUAAGAAGAAAAAAGGAUAAUAAAAUUUAUUUUGUAUGUCCCUAA